AUUUGAGUUAUCAGACUAUAUUCAAUUUUUAUGAAACAAGAAAAAUUCUAUACGAAUCACGAACAACAUUAACAACAAUUUUGAAUAAGUUUCGAUAUGGGCGCUAAUAACAGCAAGCCGCAAACUGUGCAAAUGUCGAAUACAUCGCCAUUUCAGAUCAGCCGGGACGUCUUGGAGCGCGUGGAGAAGGCCACCAAAGCGGAGAAGGGCAAUGUCUCCACUGUCUGUGAACAUUGCAGUCGUACAACAACGACAGCAACAACAGCAACAACAGCGACAACAGCUGGAGUCCAUACAGUGAGCGGGGCGGGCGAUGCCGCCAGCAGUGAGAAACAGCCCCAAGUGCAACCCUAUCAGCAACAACAACAACAACAACAGAUGGCGAUCGCUCAAUCCUGGGCACGGCGCUCUACGGAAAUUGAAGAGACGCAAUUCACCAAGACAUUGGACCGUGUGCACAAUUUGUUCGGGCAGCCCAUCAAAUGGGCCAAGGCCAAUGAGUGUUCGGCGGACAUCGAGAACAUGGAAAAACAAUUGAUAUCCUGCUAUCGUCAGUACGGCACCGAGCCGCUUAAGUGUGCCCAGCUGGCCAAACAGUAUCACACUUUCGUAUUCAAUAAGCAAGUGGCCGCCGUCAAGAAUGCCAAGUCUGAUGGCCAGGGCGAUGGGAAGGACGCCGAUGAAAACUGAUCACCCUUUGGUAGACCUCAAGUUGACAGUAAAAAUGACUAUUCUUGGAAUAUGCAUUGCUUACAUUUCAUAAACGUUUUAAUUAUAACGGUCGCAAACUAGCGACCAAACACAAAUCAGCACAG